AUGAGUACUCUUUCAUUUGCAGGAUUUUCUGAAACAAGAAAGAGUUGUUUUGGGACGAGCUUCCUAGACAAAACUUUUACAUCAUCAUAUAAUAAUAAAAAGACUUUUGUAAGAUUAUGUUCUAAUGCAUCUAAAUAUGUAUUUUGGGAUGGUCUUCAUCACACUGAGACUGCAAAUAAGUUUAUCACCUCUGAGUUGAUUUCUGACAGCAUCUCUCUUAUAACCUAA